AUGGCGGUGUUCAGAAUAAGAAGAAUGCGGUGUCUUCGCGUGUGGUGGAUCCCCCUCUUCGUGGUCGUGGUGUGCACGCAAAGUGCCACUGUUAAUGACUCGAGCAAUAUGUCUUUGGUUAAAGAAACGGUGGAUAGACUGUUGAAAGGUUAUGACAUACGAUUGAGGCCAGAUUUCGGAGGUGCUCCGGUUGGAGUGGGGAUGAACAUAGACAUAGCCAGUAUAGACAUGGUGUCAGAAGUAAAUAUGGACUACACUUUGACGAUGUACUUCCAGCAGGCCUGGCGAGACAAGCGGCUGUCCUACUCCGAGAUCCCCCUCAAUCUGACCUUAGAUAACCGGGUGGCCGACCAGCUCUGGGUCCCCGACACCUACUUCCUCAACGACAAGAAAUCGUUUGUCCACGGUGUCACGGUGAAAAAUAGAAUGAUCCGACUGCACCCGGACGGGACCGUGCUCUACGGUCUGAGGAUCACGACCACUGCUGCCUGUAUGAUGGACCUCAGAAGAUAUCCACUGGAUGAGCAAAACUGCACGCUUGAGAUUGAGAGUUAUGGUUAUACAACAGAUGACAUCGAGUUCUACUGGCGAGGAGGAGACAACGCCGUGACGGGGGUGGACAAGAUUGAGCUUCCCCAGUUCUCCAUUGUGGAUCAUAAGCUCAUCUCCAAGAACGUCGUCUUCUCCACGGGUGCUUACCCUCGUCUGUCCCUGAGUUUCAAGCUGAAGAGAAACAUUGGCUACUUCAUCCUGCAGACAUACAUGCCCUCUAUCCUUAUCACCAUCCUCUCCUGGGUCUCCUUCUGGAUCAACUAUGAUGCCUCUGCUGCCAGAGUGGCUCUAGGUAUUACAACUGUACUCACCAUGACUACCAUUAACACCCAUCUGAGAGAGACCCUGCCCAAAAUCCCCUACGUCAAGGCCAUAGACAUGUACCUCAUGGGCUGCUUCGUCUUUGUGUUCCUGGCUCUGCUGGAGUAUGCGCUGGUAAACUACAUCUUCUUUGGACGGGGGCCUCAGCGUCAGAAAAGGGCAGCUGAGAAGUUGACCACAGCCAACAAUGAAAAGAUGAGAAUGGAUCCAAACAGGUGGCUGGUGGGGAAUGUGGUUGGCAGAGACGAUACCCUGUACGCAAGAAUGAAACAAAGGGAACUUGAUGGUCAUGACUCAAUGUGGGAACCAAUCUUUGUGGAUGACGCAGCAAUUGGACUGGGGGAUCAGAAGAAUAAGAUGGACCCACAUGAAAACAUCCUUUUGGGCACCUUGGACAUCAAGAACGACAUGGGCGUUUCUGAGCUGGCUCUAGGUCUCAAUGAUCCACGGAAUACUAUGCUGACGUACGACAGCUCAACUUUACAGUACCGCAAAGCAGGGCUGGCCAGGCACAACUUUGGCCGCAAUGCACUGGAGCGCCACAUGACUCAAAAGAAGAGCCGACUACGGAGGCGCGCUUCGCAGCUAAAGAUUAACAUUCCAGACUUGACUGACGUAAACUCUAUCGACAAAUGGUCGAGGAUGAUCUUUCCAACUGUCUUUUCCUUCUUCAACAUUGUCUAUUGGCUUUACUAUGUCAAUUAAAAAGAGGAGAGAUCAUCGGUGAGGGCAAGAACAAACAGCAAAAUAUGUUGCUCAUUUCUUGUUUGUAUCUGGUUUGUUUGAUUUUUAUGUGUAACACUGAACUGAAUUACUACUGUAUAUUCAGGACUGGAUCCAUCAUAUCUCGGAGUUCCGUAUUUGCUGACUAACACGUGAAAACCUUGUAGAAGAGAGAUUACAAACUUAUAAGGUGCCUG